AUGAACCUCCUGCCAGACUUCAACUGUAGAUUCGCCACUGACCCCAAGGAGAGACAGCAAAUAGAGGAACUCUCUUCCAAUCCGGCUGCAAUGGCCCCCACCAUCGGCGAGGCCCUUCUUAGUUUCAACUCUGCAAGACCCAGUCUCGAGCAUUUGCUGAACUUGGUACCUAUCAUCCGUCCUAGACUGUACUCUAUCGCGUCAUCGCCACGUCUAGACGGUGGUGGCCGAGUUGACCUACUGGUGGUCCUUGCUAAGUGGUCUGACCAGAGCGGCUCUCUCCGUAGCGGUCUCUGUAGUACAUUCAUCAAUACCCGUUUGAAAGCUGGUGACGUCUUGAGAUGUGGUGUAACGGCUGGGACGUUCACCCUGCCUACUUCAAUCACCGCGCCUAUGGUCAUGACCGGCCUGGGCACGGGAAUAGCCCCCUUCCGAGCCUUCGUACAGGACCGAGCCAUCAGGGCCAAGUUGACUGAUGAGAAACCGGGUCCAAUGAUAGUAUACUAUGGAGCCCGGCAUAAGGCAAAGGACUUCGCCUUCGGAGAGGAAUUCGAGGGUUACGCCCGAGCCGGUAUUGUCACGGAAGUCGGAGCCUUCAGCAGAGACCAACCAGAGAAGGUUUACGUUCAGCAUAAGAUAGCACAAGACGGGGAGAGACUCUAUGACCUUCUGGUCACAAAAGGAGG